AUGGACGCCGCCGGGUCCUCCUCGCCGCCGGCGCCGCUGCGCAUCGUGAUCGUCCCGUGGCUCGCGUUCGGUCACCUGCUCCCGUACCUGGAGCUCGCGGAGCGGCUGGCGUCGCGGGGCCACCGCGUGUCCUACGUCUCCACGCCGCGCAACCUCGCGCGCCUCCCGCUCCCGCUGCGCUCCGACGUGGACCUCGUCGCGCUCCCGCUCCCGCGGGUCGAGGGCCUCCUGGACGGCGCCGAGUCCACCAACGACGUCCCCGACGACAAGCGGGAGCUUCACUGGAAGGCCUUCGACGGCCUCGCCGCGCCCUUCGCGGAGUUCCUCGCCGCCGCGUGCGCCGACGAGGCCACGCGGCCCCACUGGAUCGUCGCCGACUCCUUCCACCACUGGGCCGCCGCCUCCGCGGCCGAGCACGGCGUGCCGCUCGCGAUGCUCCUCCCGACCGCCGCUAUGGUCGCCGCCGUGCCCCGCCCGCCGCCGUCGCCGGAGAGCGCCGCCUAUUCUUUCGAGCUGCAGGCAGCCGCAGCCGCGGGUGCCGUGCCGCGGUACGAGCGGGAGGGCAUGGCGCUGGUGUUCGCCAAUGACGGCGCGUUGUCCGGCAUGUCAAGCCGCCAACGCAUCGUCCUGACGGCGCAGGGAUGCACGGUCGCGGCCAUCCGGAGCUGCGUGGAGUGGGAGCCCGAGUCUUUUUCACUCGUGGCGCCUCUCCUCGGCAAGCCGGUCGUGGCCCUCGGCCUCCUGCCGCCCCCACCGGACGGAGCCCGCCUCGCCGCAGCGGCAAACAGGGAGCACGCCACUGUACGGUGGCUGGACGCGCAGCCGCCCGGCUCAGUGUUAUACGUUGCGCUGGGGAGCGAGGUGCCGCUGCGCGCGAACCAGGUGCAUGAGCUGGCUCUCGGACUGGAGCUCGCCGGGACGCGCUUCCUCUGGGCCCUGAGAAAACCCAGCGGCGCCGCCGCCGACGACGACAUGCUCCCUCCCGGUUUCAAUGACCGCAACGACGGCCACGGGCUGGUGACGACGGGGUGGGUUCCCCAAAUGAGCAUACUGGCGCACGCCGCCGUGGGCGGGUUCCUGACGCACUGCGGCCGGAACUCGCUCAUCGAGGGGCUCCUGUUCGGGCACCCGCUCGUCAUGCUGCCCAUCUUCGGGGACCAGGGCCCCAACGCGCGCCAGAUGGAAGCCAAGAAUGUGGGGCUGCAGGUGGCGAGGGACGAGGAGGACGGGUCGUUCGAGCGCCAUGGCGUCGCGAGCGCGGUCCGGGCCGUCAUGCUGGAGGAAGAGUCCAGGAGGGGCUUCGUCGCCGGCGCAGGGAGGAUGCAGGAGGUCGUGGCCGAUGCCGAGCGCCAUGAGAGAUACAUCGACGAAUUCGUAGAGCAACUUAGAUCGAUUUCGUACACCGAUGCCACCUCCAGCUGA